AUGAGAAUUGGUAGGCGUCGCUACGGUGAUCGGCGGCUGCUGUUCACCGCUCUAUCAUCAUGCGUGUCGAUUGGCUCUUUUCUUCUGACCAGAUUCAGAAAGUUCUAUCGAAAGUGGAGAACUCUGAUGAGGAAUUCCAGCUUCCUGGCCAAUAAAACAAGCAUCAUGACACAGGCCAGGAGUUUCUUCAGUGUAUUCGUUGCUGAAGUAGAAGGCGGUUACUUGCUGAAAUGCUCCACUGCUGUCCAGACAGCGGCCCUCACCAACAUGGCUUCCUCUGUUCCGCUGAAGGCCCCAGCCCGGUUUACCUUCUCCCCUCAUGGAGGACCCGUCUACUGUGUUGAAUGCUCACCUUUCCACAGGAACCUCUUCCUGAGCGCGGGAACUGAUGGAUGCGCUAACCUGUACUCCGUGCUUCAGGAGCAACCUCUCACUUCUCUGCAGCUUUCCCAGAAAUACCUCUUUAGCAGGAGCCCGCUGAGUUCUGACUUCACAAAGCAAGGAGCUCGAGAGGUGAACCUGCUGGAUGAGCUGGCCGGGGCGGUCGCGGACUGA